UAGGUUAUUACAGAAUAUUGAGUAGAGUUCUCAAUGCUAUUCAGUAGGUUCCUGUUGGUUAUCCAUUUUACACAUAGUGGUGUGUACAGGUCAGCCCCAAACGCCCCAUCUAUCCCUACUCCGAACCCCCUCCCCUAACCUAUAAGUUCACUCACUGGAAUUUGAAAGGAAGUUUUACUGAUUCCAAUGCCUACAUCCGUUUUGCCUACAGCCUAUUAAUGCAUGUAAUGAAGCGUCUGUUGUCUCCUGAUUUUUAUAAAAUAAGAAAACGUAUACGAUUGUACAGUUAGUUCCCAGGAUAUCUAUUACCAUUUUUUAUCUGAUUCUGAAAGCAAAUUCACCUCAACGGUGAUGAACGCAUUGGUAAGGAUGAUGUGAGUACUAUUUGCUGUGAAAGACUAAACCAUGACGUUUUUGUUCGUUGCCUUAAGUAUAGUUAAUAAUUCUGUGGUUGUAGCUUUCGGUUAUGAAAAAAAUGAACCAAGAUGUAGUCAGUAUAUUGUUUAAUAUUGAACGCAUUUCACAAAUGAACAUAAAAUGAGCUUUAUGACAUUGCUAGGUUUCGGCUACAAACUGAUAAGGCGAGUACAAAGGGGGAGGGCCAGGGAAGAGGGGGCCGGACGGUGAGAAACGGGCAUCUGAGCAAGCGCAGAAACAAACAUGUUAAUGGAGGCUUGAAGGCUACUGCGCUCUCACUUUGCGAACUGUCGUAAAGCCUUGAGUGUCGUGCUUCCUCGGUAGAGGAGGGAUUGGUUAGGCGGCGGCGACUGGAGAGCAGCAGCAGUGGCGGCGACGGUGGCGAGGUGUUCGGUCUGCGCAGCAUAGAAACGCCCGCAGUUUCGGGGAACGAGUUUCUGUGGGACCAAAUUAGGCAUUCUGAACCCAAGCCGGGUCAGCUGGGCCGAACCAGGCGCUGCCGCUGGUACAGUUUUGGUGGCGGUGACAGACGCUGCUCUUGACCGUAGGGGCCUCUUAGGCCAACAUCUGAGGCGCAGAUCACUGGCUCUCGACGCAUCCUCUCCCCCGCUUACAUCUCCUGUCUUCCUUCCUGGGCCAGUGAUUCCCAGAGCCUGGGGAGAGGGUGGCUAAUGAUUCAGGCCUUCCUUAAAGUUUCCCAUGUCUCAAUGGACUCCUGAAUAUAACAAGCUGUAUACCUUAAAAGUGGAUAUGAAGAGUGAGAUUCCUUCUGAUGCACCAAAGACACAGGAGAGUCUGAAAGGGAUCCUCUUGCAUCCAGAGCCCAUCGGGGCAGCCAAAAGUUUUCCUGCUGGAGUUGAGAUGAUUAAUAGUAAAGUGGGGAAUGAAUUCUCUCAUUUGUGUGAUGAUUCUCAAAAACAAGAGAAGGACAUGAAUGGUAACCAACAAGAGCAAGAAAAAAGUGUUGUUGUGAGGAAGAAACGCAAAAGCCAGCAGGCUGGCCCUUCAUACAUGCAAAAUUGUGCUAAAGAGAACCAGGGAAUAUUAGGAUUGAGACAACACCUAGAAACACCAAGUGAUGAAGAUAAUGAUUCCUCUUUUAGUGAUUGUCUUUCUUCUCCUUCAUCUAGUCUACAUUUUGGAGAUUCUGAUACUGUGACUUCGGAUGAGGAUAAAGAAGUCUCUGUAAGACAUUCCCAGGCAAUUUUGAGUGCUAAAAGUAGAACUCAUAGUUCACGGUCCCAUAAGUGGCCUCGGACUGAGACAGAAUCCGUUUCAGGAUUGUUAAUGAAAAGACCCUGUUUUCAUAGCAGUUCAUUAAGGAGACUUCCAUGCAGAAAGAGAUUUGUGAAAAAUAAUUCCUCCCAGAGGACACAGAAACAAAAAGAGAGGAUAUUAAUGCAGAGGAAAAAACGAGAAGUGUUAGCCCGAAGAAAAUAUGCGUUGCUCCCCAGUUCUAGUAGUUCCAGUGAGAAUGACCUCAGCAGUGAAUCCUCUUCCAGCUCAUCAACUGAAGGAGAAGAAGAUUUGUUUGUUUCUACCAGUGAAAACCACCAAAACAAUCCAACUGUUCCCUCAGGAAAUAUUGAUGAAGAUGUCGUGGUGAUAGAAGCUUCCUCCACUCCCCAGAUCACUGCCAAUGAAGAAAUUAAUGUUACCUCAACUGACAGUGAAGUGGAGAUAGUAACAGUUGGGGAAAGCUAUCGGUCUCGGUCAACCCUUGGACACAAUAGAUCUCACUGGAGCCAAGGUUCAAGUUCUCAUGCAAGUCGACCACAGGAGCCACGGAACCGCAAUAGAAUGUCUACUGUUAUACAGCCCUUGAGGCAGAAUGCAGCAGAAGUCGUGGACCUUACUGUUGAUGAAGAUGAACCUACUGUAGUACCAACCACUUCUGCGAGAAUGGAAUCACAAACCACAAGCGCUUCCAUUAACAAUUCAAAUCCAUCUACCUCUGAGCAGGCCUCUGAUACUGCUUCAGCUGUCACUAGUAGCCAACCCUCCACAGUGUCAGAGACUUCAACUACUCUCACAAGCAAUAGUAUGACUGGUACUUCUACAGGAGAUGACUCGAGGAGAACUGCGUCUAAUGCUGUAACAGAAACUGGCCCUCCUGCAAUGCCUAGGUUACCUUCCUGCUGUCCCCAGCACUCGCCCUGUGGAGGGUCAUCGCAGAAUCACCAUGCAUUAGGACAUCCACACACAAGUUGCUUUCAGCAGCAUGGCCACCAUUUUCAGCAUCAUCACCACCAUCAUCAUCCUCCCCACCCAGCCGUCCCAGUGUCUCCUUCCUUUAGUGACCCUGCGUGUCCUGUGGAAAGACCUCCACAAGUACAGCCACCUUGUGGAGCAAAUAGUACUUCCAGUGCCAGCUACCAUGACCAGCAGGCCUUGCCAGUAGACCUGAGCAGCAGUGGUGUCAGAAGUCAUGGAAGUGCUGGUUUUCAUGGAGCGUCUGCAUUUGACCCCUGCUGUCCUGUUUCUUCUUCCCGAGCUGCAAUCUUUGGCCAUCAGGCUGCUGCUGCCGCUGCCCCGAGUCAGCCAUUAUCCAUAGAUGCUUAUGGAUCAAGCAUGGUUGCCCAGCCCCAGCCCCAGCCCCCUCCACCAGCCUCACUGUCAUCUUGUCGACAUUAUAUGCCACCUCCUUAUGCUUCUUUGACAAGACCACUUCAUCAUCAAACCUCUGCCUGCCCCCACUCUCAUGGAAACCCUCCUCCUCAGACUCAGCCUCCGCCUCAAGUGGAUUAUGUUAUUCCUCAUCCUGUUCAUGCUUUCCAUUCUCAAAUAUCGUCUCAUGCAACAUCUCACCCCGUGGCACCCCCACCUCCAACUCACUUAGCCAGUACAGCUGCACCAAUCCCCCAGCAUCUUCCUCCCACACACCAGCCAAUUUCACACCAUAUUCCAGCCACAGCACCUCCAGCACAAAGACUGCAUCCUCAUGAAAUGAUGCAGAGGAUGGAAGUUCAAAGAAGGAGAAUGAUGCAGCAUCCAACUGGUCUUUUUGUGUUCUGUGUUUCCAGGCGGGCACAUGAACGCCCCCCACCCCAUCCACAUAGGAUGCACCCAAAUUAUGGUCACGGGCAUCAUAUUCAUGUGCCUCAGACUAUGUCCUCACAUCCUCGACAGGCUCCGGAGAGAUCUGCCUGGGAACUGGGAAUUGAAGCUGGAGUAACUGCAGCUACUUACACACCUGGAGCAUUGCAUCCUCACUUGGCCCAUUACCAUGCACCACCUCGGCUUCAUCACUUGCAGUUAGGAGCUCUACCUUUAAUGGUUCCUGACAUGGCAGGCUAUCCUCACAUUCGUUACAUUUCAUCAGGCUUGGAUGGAACAUCAUUCAGAGGUCCUUUCAGGGGCAAUUUUGAGGAACUUAUUCAUUUAGAAGAAAGAUUAGGAAAUGUUAAUCGUGGAGCAUCCCAGGGGACAAUUGAAAGAUGUACAUAUCCACAUAAAUACAAAAAGGUAACAACUGAUUGGUUCUCACAGAGGAAACUGCACUGCAAACAAGAUGGGGAAGAAGGGACUGAGGAAGACACAGAGGAAAAAUGUACUAUCUGUUUGUCUAUUUUAGAGGAAGGUGAAGAUGUGAGACGCCUUCCCUGUAUGCACCUUUUCCACCAAGUGUGUGUUGACCAGUGGUUGAUCACCAAUAAGAAGUGCCCCAUUUGCAGAGUGGACAUUGAGGCCCAGCUGCCAAGUGAAAGUUGACACCAUGUUUCAGAACUCUUACCCUCCCUCUCAUUCCCACCUUCCUGGUACUGCAGUCAACCAAAGAUGGCAUGACUUACCUGCGCAGAUUCGGAAGCCUUGAGCUUAGGAGUGCUGGCUCUGCUACAUGGUACAACUAAUGCUAGACCCACAGUUUAUGUAUACAGUUGAUUUCGAUGUAUUUAUAAAAGCUUUUUUUUUUCUAGAUUUGACAUUUUUCCUGUAUCAUUUUACUGUAUUUUUGCAUGGUUCCUUGUAUUGCAUUUCUUUGCACAUAUUAUGGGCUUGUGACCCUAAACUUGCAGGCAAGAUUAGCUGCUUUAGUAAGUAGAAUUUUGUGGUCUUUUUGUUUUUUACAUAGUACCAGGUCUUGAGAAUUAUGAAUUUUUUUUAUCCAUUACUAACGUUUAAUUUAAUCAAUCAUGUACUUUAGUUUAAUGUAUAAAGAUCCUCUAGAAGAUGAUAAUAUUGUGUAUUAAGACAUUCCUUAAUUAGGACAAAAUGGCUGCUGUAUAUUUACAAUACGGAGUUCUGAGUUCAAUACCAUCCUUGAUACCGGGAACAGAAUACAAACCAUUUUCAAUCAGAUGCAGGUGGUACUCAUAUCACCAGAGUGAUCAAUAGAAUUCUUCUUGGUGUAUCCUUUUCCUUUUAGCACAAUACAGAUAGAGUUGAAUAUUAAUACCAUACAUUUAGACUGCUGUUCCUAUUGUAUUUAUCUUUUUCCUACAUUGUUUAGAACUUUAUUUCCCAGAUUCAAUUUUUGCUGCUGUGAAACAGCUCUGAUGAACACUAAAUAUUAAUUUCAAUUAGCUGGAUUGUAUAUACUUGCAGAUUUAACAAAAUUUUAGGGAAAUUGAAGACAUGUAGAAUUUCAUUCAGUCUUCUGCUAAGCACGCAUAGUAAAGAUAUCUGCUUACAUUGAGUUUUGUAAACACAUUUAGUCAGGAUUUAGAAUUGCAGUCAUCGGCAGGUAUCUGUGCAUUGAUAGAUCUUCUAAAGGUCCCAGAAUCACUUUUAAAGGGAUUUUUAUUAGUUUAAAGAUAAAUAAAGUCAGCUGAAUCUACAUGUCUCUUGUUUUAUUUCUCUUUAAGCUUGAAAACAGUAAAUCUGCAGAUACUGUGAGGCACAAAUUAUACUGUCAACCUACUGUUGCUCUGGUUUUAGACUCCCACUUCAUACAUUACCAAGAGUCGAUCACUGAUUUAAAAAUUUUAAUUUCUAUAGUUAAGAUUUACUGCAUAAUAUAGAAUAUUAAAGUUAAGUUAAUGUACUAACAUUUCUCUUUUGGAGAAAGUUUUAAUCCACUUCAGGAUGCAUAUUAUCAAGAUACUUUCAUAUACAGGAUAGCCUAAUUUUAUUUGUCUAAAUAUGCUUAAUAUGCCCCAGAUUGCAAAUGCAUCAGUCAGUAACAUCACUGUCUGUAUGUGGAAGACAUGUUCCCAUGGAUCAUAUGUGAAGAUGUCAAUAAGCUUGCAUUAAGCCACCUGCUUUGUAAGUGGAUUGAUUAAUAAAUAACUUAUAUUUCUAUUGUC